CGCACCAGUGCUUUCCCCUCAAGUGAGGCAGCUAGCAACUGCAGUCCCAGCUUCCUCUGCUGAGGUACAAGCGGCCACUGCCUGAUUUGUUGGAGGAACGCUGGAGUCCAGUAUCUGAGGGACCCGGUAACACGCAGCUGUCACAGCUAGUGGCAGACAGCCACUUCUUCCCAGCUGCUUCGCCAGCCCUGGAAAGAGGGCACCCUCUUCCAAAAGCCAGUCUGCCUGGGGAGGAGGUUGCUCCACACUGAAGCGUCCAUUUUACCUGGAGAUGGAUGUCAAGAUGUAAAUUGACUGACUUUUAACAAAUGUCCAAAAGUAAGAUCACUUGGAGUCAUAGGUGAGAAGUGCCCACAUAUUCUAAAGAGAGGAGCUGGAUUCAUCACCACAGCUCAAGACAAUAGAUAACCCCAGGUAACUGUCUCACCACAUCAGUCUAUUGAUUCUCACUGCACGGAGUGAAGAAGAAACCACCAGAUCAGAUGAGUUAACGUUUUCACUGGACCGAUUGGACUGAAAUGGCAAGACUGAAUGAGGAUAGACAGUAUUGCUGCUCCCAAGAUAGCUUGAGUAACGUUCUUCUUGAAUAUUGAUGGGCACGUCUAAUUAAGAUCAAUGUUCAGUGGAGCUUGGAUUUGUCAUGGGUCCCUGGUGACAAGCAUUGGUUACAUUGCUCUUUGAAGAAUCACCACACUGCUUUCCAUAACGGUUGAACUAAUCUACAGUCCCAUCAAUAGCAGAAUCAGCCACGAUGGGUUUUGAAUGACUGACACCUUCUCCCUUCUCAGCACGGGGAGCCGAUUUGGUCAGGAUUGUGGCAAACCGGUAUUUCAAGUCCCUUGGCAAAUCCCAGUGCCCUGUCUCCUGAGGAUUGAGCUUCUAAAGAACUGUGAGGAGACAAGACUUCUGGAUGGAAAAACUGAGAAUCAGAGAGGGCUAGUGAUCUCUCGGACACUUGGUCAGUAGAAAAGAUCCUGCACCGUCCUCCAGGAUCCAAUGGCCUUGGGGAAAGGGCUGCAGGGCCCACGGACAUUGCUGACUCUUCGGAACGUGCUGACAUGGAGCCAGACCACUCAGCCCUGAGUGCUGCGAGGACCCUGUUUGUGGAUGUGGAGGAGCGCGGGCUGGAAGCCAUGGACGUGAAGGAGAGGAAGCCUUACCGCUCGCUGACCCGGCGCCGCGAUGCUGAGCGCCGCUACACCAGCUCGUCCGCGGACAGCGAGGAGGGCAAAGCCCCGCAGAAAUCCUACAGCUCCACCGAGACCCUGAAGGCCUACGACCAGGACGCCCGCCUCGCCUAUGGCAGCCGCGUCAAGGACAUGGUGCCGCAGGAGGCAGAGGAAUUCUGUCGCGCAGGUGCCAAUUUCACCCUGCGGGAGCUGGGGCUGGAAGAAGUAACGCCCCCUCACGGGACCCUGUACCGGACAGACAUUGGCCUCCCCCACUGCGGCUACUCCAUGGGGGCCGGCUCCGAUGCUGACAUGGAGGCUGACACGGUGCUAUCCCCUGAGCACCCUGUGCGGCUGUGGGGCCGGAGCUCACGGUCAGGGCGCAGCUCCUGCCUGUCCAGCCGGGCCAACUCCAACCUCACACUCACCGACACCGAGCACGAAAACACUGAGACUGGUGCUCCCUUGCAUUGUUCAUCUGCUUCAUCAACCCCUAUUGAGCAGUCCCCCUCCCCGCCCCCCGCCCCUCCGGCCAAUGAGAGCCAGAGGCGGUUGCUAGGCAACGGUGUGGCCCAACCAACCCCGGACUCAGACUCUGAGGAAGAGUUUGUCCCUAAUUCAUUCUUAGUUAAAAGUGGCUCCGCCAGCCUGGGGGUCGCGGCGAACGAUCACCCGGGCGGCCUGCAGAACCACCCGCGGCUCCGGACACCGCCACCGCCGCUCUCGCACGCCCACACCCCCAACCAGCACCACGCGGCCUCCAUUAACUCCCUGAACAGGGGCAACUUCACGCCGAGGAGCAACCCUAGCCCGGCCCCCACGGACCACUCGCUCUCCGGAGAGCCCCCUGCCGGCGGCGCCCAGGAGCCCACCCACGCCCAGGACAACUGGCUGCUCAACAGCAACAUCCCCCUGGAGACCAGAAACCUAGGCAAGCAGCCAUUCCUAGGGACAUUGCAGGACAACCUCAUUGAGAUGGACAUUCUCGGCGCCUCCCGCCAUGAUGGGGCUUACGGUGACGGGCACUUCCUCUUCAAGCCUGGAGGCACCUCCCCGCUCUUCUGCACCGCAUCACCAGGGUACCCACUGACGUCCAGCACAGUGUACUCCCCUCCGCCCCGACCCCUGCCCCGCAGCACCUUCGCCCGGCCGGCCUUUAACCUCAAGAAACCCUCCAAGUACUGUAACUGGAAGUGCGCAGCCCUGAGCGCUAUCGUCAUCUCAGCCACGCUGGUCAUCCUGCUGGCAUACUUUGUGGCCAUGCACCUGUUUGGCCUAAACUGGCACCUGCAGCCGAUGGAGGGGCAGAUGUAUGAGAUCACGGAGGACACAGCCAGCAGUUGGCCUGUGCCAACCGACGUCUCCCUGUACCCCUCAGGGGGCACUGGCUUAGAGACCCCUGACAGGAAAGGCAAAGGAACCGCAGAAGGAAAGCCCAGUAGUUUCUUUCCAGACGACAGUUUCAUAGAUUCUGGAGAAAUUGAUGUGGGGAGACGAGCUUCCCAGAAGAUUCCUCCUGGCACUUUCUGGAGAUCUCAAGUGUUCAUAGACCAUCCCGUGCACCUGAAAUUCAAUGUGUCUCUGGGAAAGGCGGCCCUGGUUGGCAUUUAUGGCAGAAAAGGCCUUCCUCCUUCACAUACACAGUUUGACUUUGUGGAGCUGCUGGAUGGCAGAAGGCUCCUAACUCAGGAGGCGCGGAGCUUGGAGGGGACCCCGCGCCAGUCUCGGGGAGCUGUGCCCCCCUCCAGCCAUGAGACAGGCUUCAUCCAGUAUUUGGAUUCAGGAAUCUGGCACCUGGCUUUUUACAACGACGGAAAGGAGUCAGAAGUGGUUUCCUUUCUCACCACUGCCAUUGAAUCAGUGGAUAACUGCCCCAGCAACUGCUAUGGCAACGGCGACUGCAUCUCUGGGACCUGCCACUGCUUCCUGGGUUUCCUGGGCCCUGACUGCGGCAGAGCCUCCUGCCCUGUGCUCUGUAGUGGGAAUGGCCAAUACAUGAAGGGCAGAUGCCUGUGCCACAGUGGCUGGAAAGGCGCCGAGUGCGACGUGCCCACCAACCAGUGUAUCGAUGUGGCCUGCAGCAACCAUGGCACCUGCAUCAUGGGCACCUGCAUCUGCAACCCUGGCUACAAGGGCGAGAGCUGUGAGGAAGUGGACUGCAUGGACCCCACGUGUUCAGGCCGGGGCGUCUGCGUGAGAGGUGAAUGCCACUGCUCUGUGGGAUGGGGAGGCACCAACUGUGAGACCCCCAGAGCCACAUGCUUAGACCAGUGUUCAGGCCAUGGAACCUUCCUCCCAGACUCUGGGCUUUGCAGCUGUGAUCCAAGCUGGACUGGACACGACUGUUCUAUUGAGAUCUGUGCUGCUGACUGUGGCGGCCAUGGCGUGUGCGUAGGGGGCACCUGUCGCUGCGAGGAUGGCUGGAUGGGAGCAGCCUGCGACCAGCGGGCCUGCCACCCGCGCUGUGCCGAGCAUGGGACCUGCCGCGACGGCAAAUGCGAGUGCAGCCCUGGCUGGAAUGGUGAACACUGCACCAUCGCUCACUAUCUGGAUAGGGUAGUUAAAGAGGGUUGCCCUGGGUUGUGCAAUGGCAAUGGCAGAUGUACCUUAGACCUGAAUGGUUGGCACUGCGUCUGCCAGCUGGGCUGGAGAGGAGCCGGCUGUGACACUUCCAUGGAGACCGCCUGCGGUGACAGCAAAGACAACGAUGGAGAUGGCCUAGUGGACUGCAUGGACCCUGACUGCUGCCUCCAGCCCCUGUGUCAUGUCAACCCACUGUGCCUUGGAUCCCCUGACCCUCUGGAUAUCAUCCAGGAGACACAGGUCCCUGUGUCACAGCAGAACCUACACUCCUUCUAUGAUCGCAUCAAGUUCCUGGUGGGCAGAGACAGCACGCACAUAAUCCCCGGGGAGAACCCCUUUGAUGGAGGGCAUGCUUGUGUUAUCCGUGGUCAAGUGAUGACAUCAGAUGGAACCCCCUUGGUUGGUGUGAACAUCAGUUUUGUCAAUAACCCUCUCUUUGGAUAUACAGUCAGCAGGCAAGAUGGCAGCUUUGACUUGGUCACAAAUGGUGGCAUCUCCAUCAUCCUGCGGUUCGAGCGGGCACCUUUCAUCACACAGGAGCACACCCUCUGGCUGCCUUGGGAUCGCUUCUUUGUCAUGGAAACCAUCAUCAUGAGACAUGAGGAAAAUGAGAUUCCCAGCUGUGACCUGAGCAAUUUUGCCCGCCCCAAUCCCGUCGUCUCUCCAUCCCCACUGACGUCCUUCGCCAGCUCCUGUGCAGAGAAAGGCCCCAUCGUGCCAGAAAUUCAGGCUUUGCAGGAGGAAAUCUCUAUCUCUGGCUGCAAGAUGAGGCUGAGCUACCUGAGCAGCCGGACCCCUGGCUACAAAUCUGUCCUGAGGAUCAGCCUCACCCACCCGACCAUCCCCUUCAACCUCAUGAAGGUGCACCUCAUGGUAGCAGUGGAAGGUCGCCUCUUCAGGAAGUGGUUUGCUGCAGCCCCAGACCUGUCCUAUUAUUUCAUUUGGGACAAGACAGACGUCUACAACCAGAAGGUGUUUGGGCUCUCAGAAGCCUUUGUUUCCGUGGGUUAUGAAUAUGAAUCCUGCCCAGAUCUGAUCCUGUGGGAAAAAAGAACAGCAGUGCUGCAGGGCUAUGAAAUUGACGCAUCCAAGCUUGGAGGAUGGAGCCUAGACAAACAUCAUGCCCUCAACAUUCAAAGUGGCAUCCUGCACAAAGGGAAUGGGGAGAACCAGUUUGUGUCUCAGCAGCCGCCUGUCAUCGGAAGCAUCAUGGGCAAUGGGCGCCGGAGAAGCAUCUCCUGCCCCAGCUGCAAUGGCCUUGCUGAUGGCAACAAGCUCCUGGCCCCAGUGGCCCUCACCUGUGGCUCUGAUGGGAGCCUCUAUGUGGGUGAUUUCAACUACAUUCGUAGGAUCUUCCCCUCUGGAAAUGUCACCAACAUCCUGGAGUUGAGAAAUAAAGAUUUCAGACAUAGUCACAGCCCAGCACACAAAUACUACCUGACCACAGACCCCAUGAGCGGGGCUGUCUUCCUUUCCGACACCAACAGCCGGCGGGUCUUUAAAAUCAAGUCCACUGUGGUGGUGAAGGACCUUGUCAAGAACUCUGAGGUGGUUGCAGGGACAGGUGACCAGUGCCUCCCCUUUGACGACACUCGCUGCGGGGAUGGUGGGAAGGCCACGGAAGCCUCACUCACCAAUCCCAGGGGAAUUACAGUAGACAAGUUUGGGCUGAUCUACUUUGUGGAUGGCACCAUGAUCAGACGCAUCGAUCAGAAUGGGAUCAUCUCCACCCUCCUUGGUUCCAAUGAUCUCACAUCAGCCCGGCCGCUCAGCUGUGAUUCUGUCAUGGAUAUUUCCCAGGUUCGCCUGGAGUGGCCCACAGACUUAGCCAUCAACCCCAUGGACAACUCACUUUAUGUCCUGGACAACAAUGUGGUCCUGCAAAUAUCUGAAAACCACCAGGUGCGCAUUGUCGCCGGGAGGCCCAUGCACUGCCAGGUCCCUGGCAUUGACCACUUCCUGCUAAGCAAGGUGGCCAUCCACGCAACCCUGGAGUCGGCCACCGCUUUGGCUGUUUCGCACAACGGGGUCCUGUAUAUCGCUGAGACUGAUGAGAAAAAGAUCAACCGCAUCAGGCAGGUCACCACUAGCGGAGAGAUCUCACUUGUUGCAGGGGCCCCCAGUGGCUGUGACUGUAAAAAUGAUGCCAACUGUGAUUGUUUUUCUGGAGAUGAUGGUUAUGCCAAGGAUGCAAAGUUGAAUACCCCAUCUUCUUUGGCUGUGUGUGCUGAUGGCGAGCUCUAUGUGGCCGACCUUGGGAAUAUCCGAAUUCGGUUUAUCCGGAAGAACAAGCCUUUCCUCAACACCCAGAACAUGUAUGAGCUGUCUUCACCAAUUGACCAGGAGCUCUAUCUGUUUGAUACCACUGGCAAGCACCUGUACACCCAAAGCCUGCCCACGGGAGACUACCUGUACAACUUCACCUACACUGGGGAUGGUGAUGUCACACUCAUCACAGACAACAAUGGCAACAUGGUAAAUGUCCGCCGAGACUCUACUGGGAUGCCUCUCUGGCUGGUGGUCCCAGAUGGCCAGGUAUACUGGGUGACUAUGGGCACCAACAGUGCACUCAAGAGUGUGACCACACAAGGACACGAGUUGUCCAUGAUGACAUACCAUGGCAAUUCUGGCCUUCUGGCAACCAAAAGCAAUGAAAAUGGAUGGACAACAUUUUAUGAGUAUGACAGCUUUGGCCGCCUGACAAAUGUGACCUUCCCUACUGGCCAGGUGAGCAGUUUCCGAAGUGAUACAGACAGUUCAGUGCAUGUCCAGGUAGAGACCUCCAGCAAGGACGAUGUCACCAUAACCACAAACCUGUCUGCCUCAGGUGCCUUCUACACACUGCUGCAAGACCAAGUCCGGAACAGCUACUACAUCGGGGCCGACGGCUCCCUGCGGCUGCUGCUGGCUAACGGCAUGGAGGUGGCACUGCAGACCGAGCCCCACUUGUUGGCUGGCACUGUCAACCCCACCGUGGGCAAGAGGAAUGUCACACUGCCCAUUGACAAUGGCCUCAACUUGGUGGAGUGGAGGCAGCGCAAGGAGCAGGCUCGGGGCCAGGUCACUGUCUUCGGGCGCCGGCUGCGGGUUCACAACCGAAAUCUCCUAUCUUUGGACUUUGACCGCGUAACACGAACGGAGAAGAUCUAUGAUGACCACCGCAAGUUCACCCUUAGGAUCCUGUAUGACCAGGCAGGGCGGCCCAGCCUCUGGUCACCCAGCAGCAGGCUGAAUGGUGUCAAUGUGACAUACUCCCCUGGGGGUCACAUUGCUGGCAUCCAGAGAGGCAUCAUGUCUGAAAGAAUGGAGUACGACCAGGCGGGCCGCAUCACGUCCAGGAUCUUCGCUGAUGGGAAAACAUGGAGCUACACAUACUUAGAGAAGUCCAUGGUGCUGCUACUACACAGCCAGAGGCAGUAUAUCUUUGAGUUCGACAAGAAUGACCGCCUCUCUUCUGUGACGAUGCCCAACGUGGCACGGCAGACGCUGGAGACCAUCCGCUCAGUCGGCUACUACAGAAACAUCUACCAGCCCCCUGAGGGCAAUGCCUCAGUCAUACAGGACUUCACUGAGGAUGGGCACCUCCUCCACACCUUCUACCUGGGCACCGGCCGUAGGGUGAUAUACAAGUAUGGCAAACUGUCGAAGCUGGCGGAGACGCUGUACGAUACCACCAAGGUCAGCUUCACCUAUGACGAGACGGCAGGCAUGCUGAAGACCAUCAACCUACAAAACGAAGGCUUCACCUGCACCAUCCGCUACCGUCAGAUCGGGCCCCUGAUCGACCGGCAGAUCUUCCGCUUCACUGAGGAAGGCAUGGUCAACGCCCGUUUUGACUACAACUAUGACAACAGCUUCCGGGUGACCAGCAUGCAGGCUGUGAUCAACGAGACCCCACUGCCCAUCGAUCUCUAUCGCUAUGAUGAUGUGUCAGGCAAGACAGAGCAGUUUGGGAAGUUUGGUGUCAUCUACUAUGACAUUAACCAGAUCAUCACUACAGCUGUUAUGACCCACACCAAGCAUUUUGAUGCAUAUGGGAGGAUGAAGGAGGUGCAGUAUGAGAUCUUCCGCUCGCUCAUGUACUGGAUGACUGUCCAGUAUGAUAACAUGGGGCGAGUAGUGAAGAAGGAACUGAAGGUAGGACCCUACGCCAAUACCACCCGCUACUCCUAUGAGUAUGAUGCUGAUGGCCAGCUGCAGACGGUCUCCAUCAAUGACAAACCACUCUGGCGCUACAGCUACGACCUCAAUGGGAACCUGCACUUACUGAGUCCUGGGAACAGUGCACGGCUCACACCACUACGGUACGACCUCCGUGACCGCAUCACUCGGCUGGGUGACGUGCAGUACAAGAUGGAUGAAGAUGGCUUCCUGAGGCAGCGGGGUGGUGAUAUCUUUGAGUACAAUUCAGCUGGCCUACUCAUCAAGGCCUACAACCGGGCUGGUGGCUGGAGUGUCAGGUACCGCUAUGACGGCCUGGGGCGGCGGGUGUCCAGCAAGAGCAGCCAUGGCCACCACCUGCAGUUCUUCUAUGCAGACCUGACCAGUCCCACCAAGGUCACCCACCUCUACAACCACUCCAGCUCUGAGAUCACCUCCCUCUACUAUGACUUGCAAGGACACCUCUUUGCCAUGGAGCUUAGCAGCGGUGAUGAGUUUUACAUAGCUUGUGACAACAUCGGGACUCCUCUUGCUGUCUUUAGUGGAACGGGUUUGAUGAUCAAGCAAAUCCUAUACACAGCCUACGGGGAGAUCUACAUGGACACCAACCCCAACUUUCAGAUCAUCAUAGGCUACCACGGUGGCCUCUAUGAUCCACUCACCAAGCUUGUCCACAUGGGCCGGCGAGAUUAUGAUGUGCUGGCUGGACGCUGGACUAGCCCAGACCAUGAGCUGUGGAAGCACCUUAGUAGCAGCAACAUUAUGCCUUUUAACCUCUAUAUGUUUAAAAACAACAACCCCAUCAGCAACUCUCAGGACAUCAAGUGCUUCAUGACAGAUGUUAACAGCUGGCUGCUCACCUUUGGAUUCCAGCUGCACAAUGUGAUCCCUGGUUAUCCCAAACCAGACAUGGAUGCCAUGGAACCCUCCUACGAGCUCAUCCACACACAGAUGAAAACCCAGGAGUGGGACAACAGCAAGUCCAUCCUCGGGGUACAGUGUGAAGUACAGAAGCAGCUCAAGGCCUUCGUUACCUUAGAACGCUUUGACCAGCUCUAUGGCUCCACGAUCACCAGCUGCCAGCAGGCCCCAAAGGCCAAGCAGUUUGCAUCCAGCGGCUCAGUCUUUGGCAAGGGGGUCAAGUUCGCCUUGAAGGAUGGCCGAGUGACCACAGACAUCAUCAGUGUGGCCAACGAGGAUGGACGAAGGGUUGCUGCCAUCUUGAACAAUGCCCACUACCUAGAGAACCUGCACUUCACCAUUAAUGGGAUGGACACUCAUUACUUCGUGAAACCAGGGCCUUCAGAAGGUGACUUGGCCAUCCUGGGCCUCAGUGGGGGGCAGCGAACCCUGGAGAAUGGGGUCAACGUCACUGUGUCCCAGAUUAACACAAUGCUCAAUGGCAGGACUAGACGCUACACAGACAUCCAGCUCCAGUACGGGGCACUGUGCUUGAACACACGCUACGGGACAACGUUGGACGAGGAGAAGGCGCGGGUCCUGGAGCUGGCCCGGCAGAGAGCCGUGCGCCAGGCAUGGGCCCGCGAGCAGCAGAGACUGCGGGAAGGGGAGGAAGGCCUGCGGGCCUGGACAGAGGGGGAGAAGCAGCAGGUGCUGAGCACAGGGCGGGUGCAAGGCUACGAUGGCUUCUUCGUGAUCUCCGUCGAGCAGUACCCAGAACUGUCGGACAGCGCCAACAACAUCCACUUCAUGAGACAGAGCGAGAUGGGCCGGAGGUGACAGAGAGGGCCAAGGCCUGGACUUCUUGCCAAAGACAGCUACUCUUUUGUGGCCACAUACCUGACUGUGUUGUACUUUAAAAAAAUGAUUUUUUUAACAAGUGCAGAAAACAAAAAGAUACUGGUUGCAUUGUAACUCAUGCAACAUCCUUUUUUUUAGAAAAGAGAAACACAAAUUUGGCCUUCGCACAUUUUUUGCAAAGAACAGGAGGUAUUUUUUUCUGUAGUGUGAUCACAAUGAAAACUUGAUUGUUGUUUGUUCCCUUUUUCCCUGAGGAUUUUUCCCUUGUCGUUUGGGGUAUGUAUCUCCUCUCUGAGACGCAUCUCCUGGGGUGUGUCCUCGUCUGUCCCUAGGUUCCCAGUGUGAUGUGGGACAUGAAUGUCUGUGCUAACUUGUCUCUUGUGCAACCCUUUCUUCUUCAAUUGGAGUCAGGCAGGAAUAAAGGGAGUGAUGGGCCAGUACCACACCUUCCAGAGGGCCUGGGAGGACUGAGGCACCUCGCUGGGCUCCUGCAGGAGAGUGCCGGGUUUCUCCUCACCGUGUUCGGGAGGCCUGGGAGGACUGAGGCGCCUCGCUGGGCUCCUGCAGGAGAGUGCUGGGUUUCUUCUCACCGUGUUCUGUGCCUCCAGAGGACUACAGUUGGCUUCAUCUUGCUCCAGGGAAUUUCAUGGUGUUCAGCACCUUUUUAAGCUGCCCCAAACUCCUGUCCAAGCUUUCUAUUUUGAUGCGAAAUGAAACCCCCUACCCCUUUUGCAAAUCUCAUGUAGUUGUUGGUGCCACCACCAUGCUGGGAUAGAGAAAGUGUCUCCCAGGUUCUUUCCCCCAGACCAAUGACAUAACGUCCUGGGCUCAGCGCCCCAUCCUCCCGGGAGGGAAAGCACCCAGGAUGCCUGUGAUUGGUUGGUCCUCCAUGACGUUCCUGUUCAUCUCGUCCUCUCUCCCAAAGCCAGAUGUGAGAACCAGUACUGCACAGCAAGCCCUCAGUGUGGGCACAUGUCCACGGAAGGGAAGGCCACCCAUGGCAAAGGGAUAGCAGUGGUAGCAAGGGUACUAGCCUGCCUUCCGAGGUGAAGCCCACUCUCUAUGACUUCGAGUAUCUUCCCUCCACUGCCCAGCUGCCACCACUGAGAUGUAGGAAUGUGGAGUGAGGUGCUUGGUGGCCUUUGAUUCUGGAAAAAUGCUUAAGAAAAAAAACGGCCAAAGAGAGGAAGGCUUGAGUCAAGCAUCCUUCUAACCAGCUCCUGAAGUCCCGUCUGCCUUCAUAUACAAGCUGAUUGCAGAGCUAGAAUGGGGCAGGAUGGGCUUCCAGGACAUUUCUUAAGUUCUGAAACAGCUUUCCCUCCAGAGAAGCCCAGCCAGGGUGUUUUUUAGUGACAGGAAGAAAGGAGGAAAGAGCUGAUGUGGUGUGGCUUGCCCGUGUCAUACAACCCCUCCAGGAGCAGGGUAGUUCCCAAGGUGCAUACCCGUGGAUCUGGGAGGCCAGGCUGGCAUGGUUCCUGUGAAGACCUCUGCCUCUGUCAUCAGGGAGGGGCAUGAGCCCUCUCAGAAGCAGGGACAGUACCCCCAAGCCAAGGCAGCAGCCAGCAGGCUGGGGGAGCAGUGAGGGCAGGGGGAGUCACAGCCAGAGCUGGGAGCCUCUUGUUCAAGGAUUCCAUUCCUGGUUCAUCCACCUAAUUACCAUUGUCAUUACCACUCACAGGAGGAUCUGGGAGAAGGGAGGGGAAGCCAAAUGCUUCCUUUUAAGCUAGGCUUCUUAGAAAAUGGAACUUUUAUGGGUUACAUUUACAUUAAGUGUGGAAAAUGAAUUCUGAGUCUGAGCUAUUCCCCGUGGAAACCUUGUUGGACUGAUAAGCUCAUGGCACCUUUAUAGCCUUACUCACAGAGUCUUCAGAAUAUUACACAAGUUAAUGAAACCAAGAAGGUCUCUGACUGCAUGAGAAUCAGAGCAGCAUAUAGUCUGGGUUCUGCCUGGCAGAGGGAGGCAUCCAAAACUUCUCUGGAGAGGAAAUGUCGCCUUAUGUCAUCCCACUGGGAUUAGAGGAUGUGUUUCGCUAAGUGCUCUUCCUGUUUCCAAAAAGUCACACUGCCACAGCAGUGCGCCUUGGCCUGCCUGUCCACUGGUUGCUCAUUGCCCCUGGAUCCAGAGCUCUACUGAGUCAGAUACAGUGCUCCCCAGGCCUGCUGUGUGAGGCGUAAGCUGGAGAUGGGGGCUCCCAUCUGGCAGGAUCGUUCUUGGAUGAGAUGGAAAACAGUUUGGCCUAAAGAACAUGAGUCUUAUUCUUCAGAAGGGACUUAGGCCUCUCAGAAUAUACUCUUCAUACCAAGGGCCCUUGGGCAAAUCACUCCUGCCCAGUUGAUCAGUCCCAUCCUGGCUGGUCGACAUCAGUGAAGACCUGCUGGGGAUACCUGCUCAGAGGUCAGAGACAGCAUGUGGUCCACGGGAACUAGCCCCCUACGCCUCCCCCACCCCGUCCCUCCUCCACAGCCCCCUCCCCAAAGGAACAGGGUGGACUUUUAUGGAUCAGAACUGGAAAAUUAAUGGGUCUUUCAUUUCUUUUCUUUUUCCCAUGGAGAUGGGGUCUCACUAUGUAGCCCAGGCUGAUCUCAAACUUCCAGCCUCAAGUGACCCACCUUGGUUUCCCAGAGUGCUGGGGUUACAGGUGUGAGCCACUGUACCUGGUCUGAGUGUUUAUUUCUUUAAAGAAUCUUAUAUUUUUCCUGGGCUACAUACCACCAUAGCAGCCCAGUUUCUGUGGGGAGAGAAGUUGAAGGAUCCCAAAGCUUUAGAGAAAGGAUCUCAGCUGUGGCACAGGCAGUGUUAUGCAGCUCACUUUCACCUUAGUGCUGUUGUAUUGAAGGCGGUGCUUCUGGCCUUGGCACUUUCGAGUUGGUUUCCAUUUGGGCUGCAGGUGACUCAUCUGUCCUCCUGCUGAGACCAGCAGUUCCAACCCCAUGGAAAGGGAGGGUUUGAAGUCCUAAGCCAGGGUUCCCUGUGCCUACCUAACAGGCUGUAAGCAUCAACUCCCAUCCUGAGCACACAGGCCCUUCAGACACUAAUCAGCCAAAUCUGUUCAUUCAUUAGAGUGACCAGACCUCCCUUACCUGCCCAGCUGUAUGAUCCUACAGGACACUGACCUCUGACCCUAGUGAAGGUUUAUUUUCAAACAGUUCCUGCCUUCUCUCCUGCCCCACACAGCUGCCAACUGGUCCCGCAUCCUCAGCCCCUAUACCACCACCUUAAAUAGGACUUUACUGAUUCCCCAACUUUUUUUUGUAGGAUGAGAUUUCCUUUUUACUCCCUGCCCUCCAUUCCAAACAGACAUUGCUGGAGGGCAGAGCUAGGACAACUGGAGGAGGGGGAAGGCAUGUCAGUCAGUUACUCCCCUGCCAGCCUCUGAUCCUCAUCUCUCAGAAUUGUUGGCUAAGAAUUAACCCAAGGACCACACCAGUGCCUGAUUUCUACUUAAGGAAAGAGAAUUUGAAACAAUCCCUAAGAAACUUAGCGAGGGUGAGAAUGGACAGGAGGUGUGCAUCCAGAUAACCAGGAGGGGGCGCAGAAGAGGCUGGAGAGGCAGACUGGGCAGUGUUUUGUAGACACAGGACACAGAAUCAGAAUUUAAAAAAAGAAGAAAAACAAAUCUCAGCUGUGACUUUAAAGUAUCACCUUUAUAGAUAGCAGGGAUUUCCAUUAUGGAAAGAUGAGGCUUUCAAUGUGAUAUCUUAGAAUACCAUUUUGCCACUUGCAGCCUUGUAUUUGUGGUGGCCACGUGGUGAGGGUGGUGAUGCUGAGCUUUUGAGCUCUCAGCAGGUCCCAGGCUUGGGGAUUUGAGCAUCCACUGCUCAGAGUCAAGACUAUUCUCCACUCCUCACGGCAGCCACUAAGCCCAGGAGCCGGUCCUGGCCCAGAGACACAUCUCCUGAGGGAAUCCCGGAAAGAACCCAGUCUCUCCUUUCCCUUGAGGUCUUCGUUAGGACGGAAACCCCUCUGUUAAGGCACAUCAUUUCCAGCUAAUUUAUACACUUGUCUAUAUUUUAUUGGAGGAAAUGGAAUUAAAAAAGAACUCUGCAGUUCAAGACCCUUUCAUUUAACCUUCCAAAAACAGCAAAUUCAUUUUAAAGACUCGUUGCUAAGGUGAUAGAAACUUUAUCCUCUCCAGCCUUUACAUUUGCAAAAACCAUCCUUGUGUACUUGACUGCCCCAGACAGUGGUGACUCUUAAGUUUCAUUAUGAAUGUGGAGGAUCAGAGCAGGGGGAGGCCCGGGUGAGGGCCAAUGUUGUGUUUCUUACCUCCUCUGGAAUGCCAAAGGCAAGGUACCAGCCGACCUCCUGGUCCCCGAGAAAAUGUGAUUUAUUCUGAGGGUGAACUGCCAAGGGAGGACUCAGCCUGGAGCAGCUCGGCUGUCCUGGCAGGAGCUGAGCUGCAGGUGUCUGGCAGGGCCCCAGCAGCACUGGAUUCACCCAACACCAGAAUCCCACUUUUCUAAAUCCACCUGUUCUGAGGACCUCUGAACCUGCAGCUUCGGCAAAAGGAGUCUGUACCAAGCUGCCUCUGGACGACCAACACUAGAGACUCUGGCCUUACCAUGUGGAAAUCAUUUUCCUGAAGUCUGGACCUAAUUUUGAGAAGUUUUUUUCUCAACACUUUUGUGUUUCUAACACUGUAUCUUGACUGUGUAAAUACCAACAAGGCUGUAAAUAAAUGCAGAUGUAGAUACCUUCUAGGAAAAAAAAGCAUAAAAACGAAACCAGAAGUGAUCCCGUGUAGCCUUCGUUGACAAAUAAAAGACUAUUUUGUGUUUAAA